AGGGCCGUGGACACUGGUGGUGCUCUGCAUCUCCCUGAGCGGCAUCAUGCUCUUCCAGAACUGCUGCAACCUCUGGAUUGCGUACUGGACGACCGACGACAAGUCAACGGCCAUGAUGAACAGCUGGGUGGUGUUCUUCCUCGGCUACGAGCCGUCGGCGGCUGCCACGUUCCUGGCCAUCUACGGGUUUUUCGUUCUUCUCUUCACUGCGUCCAAUUUCGCUGGGCACGCCGUUGAGAUCAUCGGCGGCGUCAACGCCGCGUGGAAGAUCUUCCAGGACGCCCUCACCGGGACCCUGCAGCGCCCGUUCCGCUGGUGGGACGCCAACCCGCCCGGCCGUGUGCUGAACCGCUUCUCGGAGGACGUCAACGUCAUGGACAACGCGAUCACCAACAUCCUCGGCGUCAUCUUCGGAGCAGUGCUGUACUUUGUGAGCCACCUCGCGGUCCUCUCGAUGGCGAAUCCGUACUCCCUGCUGCUCCUGCCGUUCAUUGCCGUCGCCCUGGAGUUCUUCGCGAAGUACUACCGCACCACCGUGCGCGAGGUCCAGCGCAUGUACCUGGUCUCCAUGUCCGCGGUCUACCAGGAGAUGGUGGAGGCCGUCGUCGGCCAGGUGACCAUCCGCGCCUUCGCGGCCGUGCAGCAGACGCUGUGCUCGAGCAUCGACGGCCUCGACCGCCUGCAGAGGAUCGGCUUCGCGAAGGUCUGCGUGGUGGCGUGGAUCGGCCUCCGCAUGGACUUCAUCGGCUACAGCCUCAGCAUGUUCAACGUCCUCUACCCCGUGAUGCAGUUCUACGGCCUCCUCCAGCCGCACAGCGCGGCGCUCGUGGGGUUCUCCAUCUCCUACAGCCAGGACGUCGUGAACAUCCUCAAGCAGAUGAUCAUGAACUUCUCCGAGCUGGAGAUGCAGCUCAUCUCCGUCGAGAGGCUCACCGAGUACUCGCAGAGGGCACCGCCGAGCGCGCCCCCCACCCCGGCCCUGGCGGGCGGCGGCUCCCGGGGCCUCCAGCUGGCGGACGUCGCGGUGACCUACCGGGAGGGCCUGCCGCCGGCCCUCAGCGGGGUCUCCCUGGCCUUCCCGCUGGGCGAGGCCGCCGCCAUCAUGGGCCGCACCGGCGCGGGGAAGUCCUCGCUGCUCCUCUCCGUGAUGCAGCUCGUCCCGUACACCGGCAGGAUCUCGGUGUGCGGCGAGCUGCUGGGCCAGCUGGACGGCGAGGACGUGCGCUCGCGCCUCGUGGGCGUCGUGCCGCAGCAGCCGGCCCUCUUCGAGGGCAGCCUGCGCUGGAACAUGGACCCCAAGGGCCUCCACGCCGACGCCGAGCUCUGGGACGCGCUCCAGGCCGUCGGGCUGAGGGCCGCCUGCAGCGCUCCCGGCCUGGGCGCGCAGGUGGCCACCAGCGCGGGCGGCGGCGGCCCCGGCAGGCUGGCCCUCUCGCAGGGCCAGCGGCAGCUGCUCUGCGCCGCGCGCGCGCUGCUCCGCAGGCCGCGCGUAGCGAUGCUGGACGAGGUGUCGGCGUCGCUGCCGUCGGACGUGGCGGCCAGCACCGUGCAGACGCUGCUGGACCGCUUCAAGCAGCGGGGGGCGGCCGUGCUCUUGGUGACCCACCAGCAGGAGCUGCUGCCGCUCUGCGACCGGGUGAUCACCGUGGCGGGCGGGCGCAUCGUCGGGGACCGCCGCAACGACCAGGCGAGGGGCGCCGAGUGAGUUUCACGCGCAGCGUGGCGCCGCUGCAAGACGAGCGCAUGACUUCGGGCGGGUGCUGGCAUGACCUGGACGCUCUGCUUUGCCGCCGGUUAGGAGCCGAGAGCCUAUAGGAGCAGCCAAGCAGAGCCUCCCCCUGGGCAAGAGGCGGCGGCGCACCACGAGCAGCACGGCCCGGUCGGCGCUGACCGUCAUGUCGCCGGGGGGGGGGAGCCUGUCUGUGUGCUCCUGGGCCUCCCUUGCGUGCCCGCUUAGGGUGGGGUUAGCCACGGGCCUCGCUGCCCGUGUCGCUGCCACAAGGAGGUGGGGCGUUGCGCCCCAGCUGUGCACGGGGUUCGAGCCGGGAGCCCGAUGAAGCAGUCGGCUCCUCCCCAGUCCUCGGCUCCCCGUUCCCAUCCCACUGUGCCUCCUCC